UGCCACUGAGUACUGAUGCAGAGUUUCCGCCAAGGCUUGCGUUCCUUGUUAGCUAAAGCCAUGCUCUGAAUCCGAAAUUGCAAAGCCGGAAGCAGAACCUACCAACUCAGCCACUGUUCCUCUGAGAAGUGAGAAUCAUCGCUCCCCCGAAGCACACUUUUCGCAUAUGGAAUUGCCUGAAAUCGUCGAAAAUGCCCGGAAUUUUGCCGUCAUGGUUAGAAUCCAGGGACCUGAUCCAAAAGGUCUAAAGAUGCGAAGACAUGCCUUCCACCACUACCAGUCCGGUAAGACAACCCUUUCGGCAUCUGGGCUGUUGUUGCCCGAUUCCUUCAGCGACUCUCCCAUUUUGAAGUAUGUCCGGAAGUCUUCUUCGUCUGUGAUGGCUAUUGUUGUCACUGUUGCAUCAAUUGUGGAGCCAUUUCUAUCGCAAUCACAUCGAGAGAACGCUGCCCAGCCCCUCCCGGAGUUGAUUCCUGGAGCACAGAUUGAUGUUAUGGUAGAGCCCAAGAUAAAGGCUGGAAGUCAGGUAGAUGUUGAAGCAAACGAAACUUCCCACUGGCUCCAGGCACAGCUUCUAGCAUUGGUGGAUGUUCCUGCAUCUUCCCAUGCUAUACAGUCAUUAAUUGAAGCUCCUAGUGGCACAAUUGAGCAAGGCUUAUGGGAUCUUGGCUGGUCUUUGUCCACAUCGAAUAGUGGUCCUUGGGUUUCUACAGAUGCUCUUCGAACAAAGGCUUCAUCUCGGAAUCAAAUGCAUCCAGAACAUGAACUGAGUAAUCAUCACCGUCAUAUGGCCAUGUCAGCUUCUAGACUUGCUUUUCUUGGAGUUCCUUCUGUUAAAUCUGAGGACAUUCUGGAUAUUGGUAUCUCACCGCCAAAUAAGAGGGGAGAUCUUCUUCUGGCAAUGGGGUCUCCAUUUGGUGUUCUCUCACCUCUUCACUUCUUUAAUAGUAUUUCUGUAGGAUCUGUCGCGAACUGUUUUCCAUCGAGUUCUUCUAACAACACACUACUGAUGGCUGACAUUCGGUGCCUUCCUGGGAUGGAAGGUGGUCCCAUUUUUGAUCAACAUUCAAGUCUUAUUGGUAUCCUAACCAGGCCCUUAAGACAAAGAUCUGGUGGUGCUGAAGUUCAGCUAGUGAUUCCAUGGGAAGCCAUAGCAACUGCUCAGAAAGACUUUCUGCGAAAUGAACCUCAAAAGUUGAUGAAAGGGAUAGCAAGCAAGGAAAAUUUGCAGAUUAUAGGGAGGGAAUGUUCACCAAACAGUCAGAAUGCACGUGGAUCCUUUAACUAUGUUCAUGAUCAUCUAACUUCUGAUUGCUCUCCACCAAUGCCAGUUGAAAAAACCACGGCUUCUACUGUUCUAGUUACGAUUGAUGAUGGAGUUUGGGCUUCAGGUGUCUUACUCAACAGACAUGGCCUCGUGCUCACAAAUGCUCAUCUUUUGGAACCAUGGAGAUUUGGCAAAACAACAGUACAAGGUGGAAGAGAUGGAGUCGCAUCAAAAGCAGUGUCCAUCUUCUCUGAUAAACCAAUGUCUCAAUCGCAUAAAGACAUUGCUGGUCCAGUGGAAAUUCAGAGUCUAGUUCCAAAAAUGGCAAAAAUAUCAGAUAUUUCUUUUUUUGAUGAGCAUGAUGGAUAUAAACUGGACUCAAUUUACAAAAGCCCCAAAAGAAUACGUGCUCGCCUGGAUAUUAUGGGCUCCUGGAUUUGGUGUGAUGCUAGGGUAGUGUAUGUUUCUAAAGGACCUUUGGAUGUCGCCUUACUGCAGCUCGAGCCUCUUCCAGAUCAAUUAAGCCCGAUUAUGCCGGACUUUGCGCGUCCAUCUCCAGGAUCAAAAGCAUAUGUUAUUGGACACGGACUCUUUGGACCGAGAUGUGAUAUCUACCCAUCUGUCUGCUCUGGUGUAGUUGCUCGGGUGGUGGAAGUACAGGUGCCUUUCUACUCCAGUGGUAGUAGUCCACAAAAGAAUGGAUCAAACAUCUUACCUCUUAUGCUUGAAACCACUGCCGCUGUGCAUCCUGGUGGGAGCGGCGGUCCCGUUCUUAAUUCAGAUGGGUAUAUGAUUGGACUUGUAACAAGCAAUGCAAGACACAGUGGAGGAACAAUGAUACCCCAUCUUAACUUCAGUAUACCCUGUGUGGCUUUAGAGCCUAUCUUCAAAUUCUCAAAAGACAUGCAGAAUCCAUCAGUUCUACAAGAUCUGGAUGAACCAAAUGAACGCAUUUCUUCUGUAUGGGCUUUGAUGCCUCCACUGCCUCCCAGCCCAAGACCCCAACUUCCUCAUCUGCCACAUACUCCAUUGGAUUCCCAAAAAGAGGGCAAGGGUUCUCGUUUUGCAAAAUUUGUCGCUGAAAGACACAGUGAUGUCUUGCCCAAGUCAAACCAGCUUCUCAAAGUAUUGAAGCUUUCCGGUGAGAUUCUACGCAGUAAAUUAUGAUCAUAUGGGAAAUCAACUGCGGUCGAUUGGGAAGAUGAAUCGACCCAAGGGAAGCUAAUUGGGAACACCCUCCACUGCUCCCGUGAUUUGUUACAGGUUUUUCGUUGUCUGUACCUACCAGUUCAAUGUCCAUUCCUGUAAGUUGUUGGAGGUUAGCUGUGAAUUUUGUAACUUGUAACUUAUUAUGCUUUUUUUUUUUUCUAAUUGAAGAAUGUAACUUAUAAAUUACUAUUAUGCCUAAGCAAAGCAAUGGUCCGGAAAGAAAGAUAUGGGAUAGGUGAAUAAAUUUUGUCCACGUUUGUGAA